CUCCUGUACAGAAAGAUCUCGCGAUGCUGCGGAUACUUCCAGAGUGAGUUUGACGCCAGACAGUCAAGAUAUCGGUUUGUUGGUCGGGAAAUAAGAUAGCGGCCCUUGGGGUGAGCUACUCUGAAAAGCGGAUAAAACGGAUAAAAAAAUGACCAGGGGAAACCAGCGUGAACUUGCUCGCCAGAAAAAUGCCAAGAAGCAAAGUGAUAUGCACAAGGGCAAGAGAAAUGACGAUGGUUUAUCUGCUGCUGCCCGAAAGCAGAGAGAUGCAGAAAUAAUGCAACAGAAGCAAAAGAAAGCCAAUGAAAAGUCGGAUUCUAAAGCCAAAUAGUUAGAAGACGUCGACAAAUCAUCCGGACGAUCUUGAGCCAUCUUGGUCUGGAUUCAGCAGCAUCAUUGUACUUUCCUUUAAAGCCUUUUUUGUACUGUACCAAUUUAGGUUGACUGGGUAUUUACUUCACUGUGCACAGGUCUCUCUUUUCUUGAGCAGUAUUUACCAUGUAAAAACAAAGAAUAACAGACCCAUCUCCAAAAAACACUCUUGUAUUUUUUUUUUUUCCCCAUUUCCUUAAUUGUUGAAUAAAGUGUAACUCAAUCCAGAGUUUGCUUCUUUGUUUUAAAGAUGUGUCAAAAAUACUAGAGAACAUCAGAAAAAUGGCUUCCAGACCUUUGAUUUAAACUAAAUCUAAAACUUUUAUUUAACACAAUGUUAGAAAAAUUUACAUGAACAUUCCUCAACAACAUAAAUAAAAACAUUUAAAUAAA